UUUGUAGAAAUCUACAUAACCGACGAAUCGCUGGACCACGCUGGAUUAUAAAUGCUAAAUAAUCAUAAUGACACCUAAAGCUAGAAAAAGCUUAUCAUCAUUAACGACAUGUGAGAAAUGUCAGUGCAUUUAUGGUCAAAAUGAUGUAACCUUACACGAAUCUAACUGUCCACCUUCCUUUGACAAUUGGAAUCACAGCUUUAUUUUCAAUGAUACUUUACAUAGUACAUUAGAAGUGUAUAAGGCUCCAGCGCCAACAAAUAUAUCUACGCAAGAUUUAAACGACAUGGUCUUUGUAUCACAGACUGUGAUGCAGUUGUGCAAUAUUGCCAUAGCAGAUCCUGUUAUUAUUGCGACAAAAAAUAGCAUUUUAGUUAAAAUAGCUUGGCUUGCCAAUGACAAAUCAUUAUUAAGCGUUUCUUUACCUAAAUCUACUAUUGAAUUAAACAACUUAAAAGAUUUAAUUAAAGUGCAAAGUGCAAAGGGAAAUAUAUCUGUGGCUAAGGAAUUUACUGUCAAGUGUGCUGGGAAACACGCAUUAUUGCAUAUGUCUACCGAUCUGGAGAUACUUUUUAAAAACUCUAAUGAAGGCAAAAUAUUUUGUGUUGGAAAUAAGAUAAGCAUCUCCUACUAUGGAAGAAAAAUGGUAUAUGUGAUCGUAGCAGCUUCAGAGCAGAUCGUAGAUCAUAAUGAUGACACAACGCACGUGGAUGAUGAUUUAUUAACGGCUUUCAAUCGUUUACAUUUAAAUACAGAUAAAUCCAAUGUUAAAUAUUACAAGGCUUUGUAUUCUACAAAAUGGAUCAUUCAGAACGAUGUAUCAAUAACUGAGGAAGAACAGAAAAAAGUAAAGUAUAAAAUAGAAGAUAUAGGAGGAUAUAAUGAUUUAAUAGCGGAUAUAAAAGAUGUAAUGGACAUUGCAUUAAAUAAAUGUAAUAUUGGUGAUUUUUUUAUCGGCAAAGGAAUUUUACUUUAUGGUACUCCUGGAGUUGGCAAAUCUAUGAUCGCUAAUGCUAUUAUAUCUGACUACAACAUCAAGUGUUUUAUUGUUCACAGUUCAGACAUUUAUAGUAAAUCUAUGGAUGAAGCUGAAAAGAAGCUGAAAGACAUUUUUACUGAAGCAAAAGAUAAUACUCCAUGUAUAAUACUUUUGGAAGAUAUCGAUACGUUAUGUCCAAAGAGGAUUAGCUCAAGUACAGAUCAGGGAAGAAGAGUUCUUGCUACAAUAACAUCAUUUUUCGAUGAAUUACAGAAUACAAAAGAUAAUAUUAUUGUAAUGGCUACAACAUCGAGAAUUGAAUUUGUAGAUGUGUCUUUAAGAAGACCUGGAAGAAUAGAUAAAGAAUUUGAAGUUUAUGUACCUCUUCAAAGUACACGUUUAGAAAUAUUAUCAAAGUUACUCAAAAGAAUACCAAAUACUUUGUUACAACAAGAUUUAGUAAAUAUAUCUUUUUCCACUCAUGGAUUUGUUGGUGCUGACAUUUAUGGCUUGUGUUCACAUGCAUUAAUGGCUGCGGUUAAACGGCAACAUUCUAUUAAUGUUACCGAUACUAAAACAAAUGAAAUAAUUGUAACAAUAGAUGAUUUUAAUAAAGCUUUAACUGUAACUAAACCCUCUGCAAUGAAAGAAAUUUUGGUUGAAGUCCCUCAGGUUAGAUGGUCAGAUAUAGGUGGACAGAGAGAAUUAAAAUUAAAAUUAAAACAAUCCAUUGAGUGGCCUUUGAGACAUCCUGAAGCAUUCACCAGAAUGGGAAUAACCCCACCUAGAGGGGUGCUUAUGUUCGGUCCACCUGGUUGUUCCAAAACCAUGAUCGCCAAAGCUCUUGCUACAGAAAGCAAAGUCAAUUUUUUAAACAUCAGGGGUCCAGAACUAUUCUCUAAAUGGGUUGGUGAAUCCGAGAAAGCUGUACGUGAUGUUUUUCAUAAAGCUCGCCAGGUUGCACCCUCUAUCAUUUUUAUAGAUGAAAUCGAUGCCCUUGGAGGAGAAAGGGGAUCUUCAUCGGGUAAUAGUGGAAAUAACGUUGAACAACGGGUCUUAGCUCAAUUACUUACAGAAUUGGAUGGUGUCACUGCUUUAGGAAAUGUUACAUUAGUAGCAGCAACGAAUCGUCCUGAUAAAAUAGACAAAGCUCUUCUUCGUCCUGGUCGUUUAGAUAGAAUAAUUUACGUUAAAUUACCGGACUGUCAAACGAGACAAGAAAUCUUUGAAAUAAAGCUCAAAAAAAUGCCAAUCGCAGAAGAUGUAAAUAUAUUGGAUUUAGUCGAACUUACUGAAGGUUAUUCAGGAGCUGAAAUUCAAGCAAUAUGUCACGAAGCAGCAAUGAACUCACUCGAAGAGAACUUAGACGCUGCUAUUGUUACCAAAGAUCAUUUUAAAGUAGCAUUAUCAAUAGUGACGCCAAGAACGCCAACGUCUCUUAUACAAUUAUACGAAAACUAUAUAAAUAAAGUACAUUAAAUAAAUUAUAUAAUGAUAAUAAUAAUAAUAAUAAUAUAUUUUUAUUACAUAUUUACAGUUUAUACUGGAGCUUCUCAAAUUUGUCCACUUAACGACAUUAUAUGAGGUUCCUUUGGAAAUUCUUAGUUUAUACAAUAUUACAAUUUCAAGAUAUAUAUAUAUAUAU